AUGGAAGACUUGAAGCAUAACAGCGCCUCGUCCGAGCAUGUUGAAUCUUAUGAACUAUCAAACUCGAAGAAUCCCAACCAAGAUCAAGAUGCAGACUUACAAGCAUAUGCUACCGACUUUGCUCAGCGAGACCCUGAAUGGCAUUCGUAUAAGACCAAGCAUCUUCUGAAGAAGAUCGAUCUUCAUUUAUUGCCAUGGAUAGUUUUGAUGUAUCUCACGAACUUCCUCGACCGCACGGCCUUGGCUCAAGCCCGUCUUGGAACUCUCGUGCAAGAUCUUGGCCUCAAAGGAACAUAA